GCGGGCGGCGAGACGCUGCGGGCGGGGCGGAGGAUGGAGGCGGUAUCGGCCGCUGCAACCGUCGGUGCUGCGCGUGAGAAGGUGACCGUGUAGGCACCUGGGCUGGGUGGAGGCCGGCGGCGGCCCGGCCAUGGCGGGAGACCCUCCCCGCUGGGCUCCCUGAGGUGCGCUCCCUGAAGUCCCUGGGAGCCGUCGCCCAUGGGCUCGCUGAGCAGCCGAGUGCUGCGCCGCCACCGCGGGGGAGCCCGAGCCCAGCAGGAGCCUGGUUCCGGGGCGGGGGGCUCGGCCCGGAGGCCAGGGGCUGGCGGCGACGCGGCGGGCCACGGCUUCUGUUACUGCCCUGGCAGCCUCAAGCGCAAGCGGAGCAGCGGGGCCUUCUGCUACUGCCACCCCGACUCCGAGACGGACGAGGAUGAAGAGGAAGGGGACGAGCAGCAGCGGCUUCUCAACACCCCGCGAAGGAAAAAAUUAAAGAGUACAUCCAAAUAUAUUUAUCAAACAUUAUUUUUGAAUGGUGAAAAUAGUGACAUUAAGAUUUGUGCUCUAGGAGAAGAGUGGAGCUUACACAAAAUAUAUUUAUGUCAAUCUGGCUACUUUUCUAGUAUGUUCAGUGGUUCUUGGAAAGAAUCCAGCAUGAAUAUUAUUGAAUUGGAGAUUCCUGACCAGAAUAUUGAUAUAGAAGCAUUGCAGGUUGCGUUUGGUUCACUGUAUAGAGAUGACGUCUUAAUAAAGCCCAGUCGAGUUAUUGCCAUUUUGGCAGCAGCUUGUAUGCUGCAGUUGGAUGGUUUAAUACAGCAAUGUGGUGAGACAAUGAAGGAAACAAUUAAUGUGAAAACUGUAUGUGGCUAUUAUACAUCAGCAGGGACCUAUGGAUUAGAUUCUGUAAAGAAAAAGUGCCUUGAAUGGCUUCUAAACAAUUUGAUGACUCACCAGAAUGUUGAACUUUUUAAAGAACUCAGUAUAAGUGUCAUGAAACAGCUCAUCAGUUCCUCUAACUUAUUUGUAAUGCAAGUGGAAAUGGAUGUAUACACAGCUCUUAAAAAGUGGAUGUUCCUUCAACUUGUGCCUUCUUGGAAUGGAUCUUUAAAACAGCUUUUGACUGAAACAGAUGUGUGGUUUUCUAAGUGGAAAAAAGAUUUUGAAGGUACGACCUUCCUUGAAACCGAGCAAGGAAAACCAUUUGUGCCAGUAUUCAGACAUUUAAGGUUACAGUAUAUUAUCAGUGACCUGGCCUCCGCAAGAAUUAUUGAACAAGAUUCUCUAAUACCUUCAGAGUGGCUAUCUUCUGUGUAUAAACAGCAGUGGCUUGCUAUGCUCCGGGCAGAACAAGACAGUGAGGUGGGGCCUCAAGAAAUCAAUAAAGAAGAAUUAGAAGGAAAUAGUAUGAGGUGUGGUAGAAAGCUUGCCAAAGAUGGUGAAUACUGCUGGCGGUGGACAGGUUUUAACUUCGGCUUUGACCUACUUGUAACUUAUACCAAUCGAUACAUCAUUUUCAAACGCAAUACACUGAAUCAGCCAUGUAGCGGAUCUGUCAGUUUACAACCUCGAAGGAGCAUAGCUUUUAGAUUACGUUUGGCCUCUUUUGAUAAUAAUGGGAAACUAAUACGUAGUAGAACAACUGGAUAUCAAAUACUCACUCUUGAGAAGGAUCAGGAGCAAGUGGUGAUGAAUUUGGACAGCAGGCUUCUGAUCUUCCCUUUAUAUAUCUGUUGCAACUUCCUGUAUAUAUCGUCAGAAGAGAGAACUGAAAAUAAUCAUCACCCAGAAAAUCCAGAAAACUAAGGAUCUCAUCAGGUGGAAACAGUAGCACUUUGAAAACUUUUGGGGCCAGCUUUAAUUGAAUGGCCCUAACAAUACUCACAUCCAAGGUGACUAACAAUGACAAAGCCUUAUAAACUGUAGCAGAUAAUGCAGAAGACUAUUCUUAUCCUUUCUAUAUUUCUAUGCAUAUAUGAAAAAAAAACAUUUUAAAGCCAAAAAAAAUCUGUUAAACCAUUUAUGUUAUAAAGAUGUCGACCCAUGCUUUUGAUUUAUCAUCAGUAGGAAAUUGCUGUAGGUAAAUUCUACCUUUCGGCAACCAAAUACAAAUUUUAUUUUUAGCUUAAACUUUUACCAUAUCUAAUGUUAGUGAGAACCUCAGUUAUCAUCUGUAAACUUUUUAUUUGACUUAAAAGAAUGCUAAUGGGAUAAUUUGAACAGCCAAUUCUAAAUGCUUUUUGUGUUGGUGCGUUUAAAAGCCAGCUGUCCUUUAAUUUUUUGAAUUGCUCAUUAUGAUUCCUCCUAUUUUAAUAUCCUCCCAAUUGAUACUUGUUUUCAGUGGUUAACUACUUUCUUAUGGUGUUGGAAACUAAACUGAGGACCUUUUGUUUUAACUUAAACAUUUUCAUACUAUUUGAUUUUGCUUUUUCUUUAACUUUCCUAGGAUUUUAACAUCAACAACAAAAAAAUCAGCUUCAGACCUUUAAAUGAACUUGAAUAGGGAUAAAAAUCAGUUUGAUUUUAUGGGGAUUUUCAUUUGCCUUACAUGGUCUUUUCUUUGACAUUCUGUACAACGUUAAUAGGUCAUGAAUUAUUUAUGUACCAGAUAUUACACUUUAAACAUUUUCAUAUUCUCUAAUCUUUAUAAUUAUUUAUGUUCAAAUUUUAGUUGGGAAUCCUAUUUCCUAUUUAAGCUCAGGACUUUAUAACCUCUGAAUUGAGUGCCUUUGAGUUCACAGGCUAAUAGAAAUUUCAUAGUAAAUGUAAAUAAGAUCAGAGGAUCUAAUAUAGAAGCUGAUAAUAAAACAUUAAUGUAAAACUAGAACUUAUUUUUGUCAAAAGUGAGAUGUACACUUGUCAUGAUUUAUAUAUGUUGGCUUCUUGUGUUUACUGCUAUUUUGAAAAUAGCCAUGCUCAUUUUCUUUCCAGUCAGACUAAGUACUUUUUGUGGUUAAUGUAUAUUUUUAGUACAUUAUAAAAGGGAAUCAUUUUUAUGUAUCUGUACAAAUAAUAAAUACUCAUGUGGAAAAAGAAUAAAUAAGCUCUUAUAUAAAAUGGACAAAAAAGUCUCAGGCAUAAAUACAUUAAAUGUUUCCCUUAGUUGAAACCAGAAUUUUUUUUUCUUUCUAGUAAGAUUUUUUUUCCAAUUAGAUAUAACUCUUGGAAUUUAUCAGUAGUUUUUCUCCCCUAUUAAUAUGUCUACAGAUUCAUAAAUUUUGUCCUUUCAAAAUUCAUUCCCUGAUUUAACUUAAAGGAGCCUUUUAAAUGCCCUCCCUUCCUCCACUCAGAACUACAGUUCAUAUGUUUCUAACACAAUGUUUGGGCUAUAUCAUGAGGCUACCUUUCUCAUUUUUAUGUUUGGAAAUACAUCUCUUUCAAGAGGUACUGUCAUUUUCUUUCUAUCUGAUCACAGCAUCAGAGGUUCCUUAUUAUUUAUAUAUUUAAAAAUAUAUAAAUACCAAACUUAAACUGAAUUAUUUGAAUAACUUUUACAAAUCUCAGGAGUAAAGACAAAGUUUAAAUAUAUUAAUGAGUAAAAUUAACUAGUUUGUUUCACUUCUAUAAAUUAGCCAAAUUGGAAUUGUAUGUGAUUCCUGUCUAUUGGUUCUUUACUAGCAAGUUGCUUAUUUUAUCCACAGACAGGAAAAUUAUUUCUUUAAUCACAAAUAGGAUGUGUUCUCAUUUGAGAAAUUGACAAUUGUCACUAGUACUUUACAUGACAGUAAAGAUCUGCUUUUGUUUUCUUAUCAAAUACUUUUGUGUGUUUGCAUACUUUUUGUUCUUUUUAGUAGGAAUACUUUCAAUAAACAGAGUUAGGUGAAGAAUCAUAUAACUA